UGUUCCCCCACCCUCUCCCUGGCCCCGGGCUCCUCCUGCUGCUGAGACAGUGCUCCAGUAGAACAGACAGACUGACCCACAGAAGGGGAGGUGAGAAGGGAGGUGGCCUCCAGGACUGGCUCCCUGAGUGCCACACAGUGGGGAAGGGGUGGGGGACAUCAUGUCAUCGUAUCAGAAGGAACUGGAGAAAUACAGAGACAUAGAUGAAGAUGAGAUUCUAAGAACCUUGAGCCCUGAGGAGCUAGAGCAGCUGGACUGCGAGCUACAGGAGAUGGACCCUGAGAACCUGCUCCUGCCAGCUGGACUAAGACAACGUGACCAGACAAAGAAGAGCCCCACAGGGCCACUGGACCGAGAGGCCCUUUUGCAGUACCUGGAGCAGCAGGCACUAGAGGUCAAAGAACGUGACGACUUGGUGCCCUUCACCGGCGAGAAGAAGGGGAAACCCUAUGUUCAACCUAAGAAGGAAAUCCCAGCACAGGAGCAGAUCACUCUGGAGCCUGAGCUGGAAGAGGCACUGGCCCAUGCCACAGACGCUGAGAUGUGUGAUAUUGCAGCAAUUCUGGGCAUGUAUACACUGAUGAGCAACAAGCAAUACUACGACGCCAUCUGCAGCGGGGAAAUCUGCAACACCGAAGGCAUUAGCAGUGUGGUACAGCCUGAUAAGUAUAAGCCAGUGCCAGAUGAGCCUCCAAAUCCCACAAACAUUGAGGAGAUACUAAAGAGUGUUCGAAGCAAUGACAAGGAGCUGGAGGAGGUGAACCUCAAUAAUAUACAGGACAUCCCGAUACCCAUGCUAACCAAGCUGUGUGAGGCAAUGAAGACAAACACCUAUGUCCGGAGCUUCAGCCUGGUGGCCACAAGGAGUGGUGACCCCAUUGCCAAUGCGGUGGCUGACAUGUUGCGUGAGAAUCGUAGCCUCCAGAGCCUGAACAUUGAAUCCAACUUCAUUAGCAGCACAGGGCUCAUGGCUGUUCUGAAGGCAGUUCGGGAAAAUGGCACACUCACUGAGCUCCGUGUAGACAACCAGCGCCAGUGGCCUGGCGAUGCAGUGGAGAUGGAGAUGGCCACCGUGCUUGAACAAUGUCCCUCCAUCGUCCGCUUUGGCUACCACUUUACACAGCAGGGGCCACGAGCUCGGGCAGCCCAGGCCAUGACCAAGAACAAUGAACUACGUCGCCAGCAAAAAAAGAGAUAACACUGCCUUUUCCUUUACCAACUAGAGCUGGGAGCCCUGAAUACUUAAAUCCUCAUCUAUCCCUCCUUUCCUGUAAAUAAAGGCCCUUCUGUCCACUC